AUGUCCAAACGCGCUGCAUCAGAUGAUGACACGCCUUCCGCGAAGCGCAUGAGAACUGAUGAAGGGAGUCAGACAGCACCUCUGAACGAUGAACAUGCCUGGAGAAUUAUGGAGGACUUCCUCACUACCGACAUGACAUAUCCUAAGAUGGAGGAAGUUUUUCUAUCAUACCUGGGAGAUCGAUAUACUGAAGGCGAAUGGAAGGAAGCCCGAGAUGCAUUAUUCUCCAGUGACGGUGACGACAAUGUCGCCUUAGAAAACCUUCGCGCCAUAAAGGCGAAGCACAUAUCCAUAUCUCCGGCCUCUUGUGCACCCAAAGAUCAUUCUGUCACGGACAGGCGAUUGUCCCAGGCGCACGUUCGACCUACGCGCAGACCAGCCAAAUCAAAAAAUCCCUAUCUCAAUUUGUACGCAGGAGAAGAUAAUGAGGAGGAUGAGGAGGAUGAGGAGGAAGAGGAGGAUAGCGCCGACGAGAGUCACUCCAAAUUGCGGAGUGUUACAUGCUUGCCAGGAUCCUCAUCAGCCACGAGGUUCGCUGUGGUUAUCGAUGGUCUCGCCAAUAGAAUUGAAGAUACACAGCGUAACACAUCUCAAGAUCACCGGCCUCUUCCCCCAAUAUCUGACUUGAUUACUUCGGCACUAUCGCAAGAUGGGAGGAUGUAUCUAGUUCAUGUUCACCGAAAUGUCACAGACUUCAUUGCUCAACACCUUCAGAAGAAGAACUUCCGCGUCACAGUGUCGGCUUGGCUAGCAGGUCAGAUUUACUGUGGUGGCGGACAGUUCUAA